UGUUCAACAGCUCGGAAGUCUUCUACUGACCCUUCUGUGGGGUAAUUUAGCCAGAGAGUCCCUCCUGUACCGUCAGAGAGAGGCUCGGGCAGACUAACGCUCACUGUGCUUCUCUCACACUGCCUCUGUUUAUCAGCGUGACGCUGCUUCCGCCGUUUAAGCAGCUAAUUCGGUGAGCUUUUGGUUCAGCCUGUUCAACUACUGCGAAAAUAAUGAGGUGAUAUAUUGAGACCGUGAACUUAAACUAACUGUAGGCUACAGCAUGGCGACGUCGGGGGGCCGCAGUAAAGUGUCUGAGUGUGAGGAGGGCCCCUCCGCUCGGAAAGGUCAGCACAUUCCCAAAGAAGGUAAAAAGAAGAGGAGAAAUAAAGCCAAAGAGAAAAACAAAUCGACCUCUGAGGUAAAGAAAAGAGGACAUCCCAGCACGCCUUCAAACUCAGACGACUCAGAGAGGCCCCACACAGAAGAGAGGACAAAUGUAGAGAAGAUCGGUGACCCGAAUGAAGCCAAAGGCCAUGCCAAAGAGAGGGGCAGCAGGAAGAGCCGGAAAUGCAAAACUACACCGCCUGCUGUGGAGGAAGUUCCAGUUCCACCUCAAGAGGACAAAACAGAACUGAGCAGCCAGGCACAGGAGAGCCUGAGGUGGGAAGGGGUUCUAGAGGAUCCUGCUGCUGAAGCAGAGCGGUUGGAGGUCUACAGAGCUAACCGUCGCAAACGCUACAUGGCCUCCAGGCAGACAGUUUUAGAAAAUAUCCGGGUGGAGUUAGGUCCAGACCCAGGUGUUUCUAAACUGGGCAACAGAGUGCAAAAGGCUGGUGCUGCAGCAAAGAUUUUGUAGAAUCCACUGCUUGUGUAUUUUGGCUGUGAUUUUUUUAUUUUCUUCCCAGUUUAGUGGUUGUUAUUACCUAAUAGUAAACCUCUGUUCUAUAUCAGCAAUGUACUGUACUCAGCCAUCAUGAUUAAGCAGUGCUUAAAUGGCAGUUUGCAUGAUGACAAUACAUAUUUUAACUUCUACAAGAUGUUUCUUACAGUAAGAUAUAGAACCUAACGGUCCCACCCAUUUAUAUGCAUUUUGUAUAUUUUUAAUGUAGACUUUUUAAAGAUCAUUUUUUGCAAUAAAGCAUUUUGGAAUAUUUGAAAA